AGCUCUGUGUUGGUAUAAAAGAAACCAAGUAAGAGUCAUCGUCCCAGUCAGUUUAGGAGACUCCACCAUGAAGGUUGUGUUGUUGAUGCUCGCUACCAUCGCCGCCGUCAGCGGCCAGACGGAACCAUGGUGUCGCUGUGCUGCUUUCGUCACGUAUGAAUACUCUGAAAUUAUGGUGUAUGAGGAACCUGAAAUCCCCAUUGAUUCUUGUGAUGCCAAUGGAGCCCUUCAGUGUAAGACUACCUGCGCUGAUAAUUUGGACACACUUAGUGACAACGGCAACCUGUGGAAGUUGAUGGACAGCGGCUUGACUAUUGGCCAGGAUAUAUGCAGCGAAUUAGCAGACCACUUCACGUUCUUUCUCUACAACCACAAAGUGUACGGCUACUUUGAGGUGUGUGGAGGCGCCUGGCAGUACGCUGGUAUUGAGUCGCAGCAGAAACUGUGUUGUGAGGGCGGCAAACAACACCACUGUAUUGACUAGUAAACAAGUCCACAAUAUCUCACUCGCUCAACACCGCCAUCACAGCACAUUGUGGGCGCUGCGCUGGUGUCAUCCAAUGCUGGAGUUUUCUUCAGCAGAACUUAACAGUUUAGGCACAAUUAUGUACUUAUGUACUUAUUAAUAAAGCAAUAUUAUGUGUA